AUGACUAUCAUCGAUACAACCAAAGACCUGUCGGCGCUCUUCACGCAGCAGGUCCAAGCCACACCCGAUGCCGUUGCCCUAGAAGAUGAUCAACAUACGUACACGUACCAACAGCUCCACGACAAAGCCGCUGCUCUCGCCGACCGGCUGCGGGGCCAUGGUGUUGGUCGUGACAGCUUGGUAGGCGUCCUUUUGCCGCGAUCCGCCGACUACGUGAUCGCUUGUUUGGCAGCGCUGCGGGCCGGUGGUGCUUUCCUUGUGCUAGAACUCGCAUAUCCACCUGAUUUGCUUGCAGACGUACUCGAGGAUGCGCAACCUACUGUUGUGGUUACAAUUAGUGCUGAGGUCGGCAAAAUCAAGGAAGGCACACCACUCGUCGUCCUGGAUGAACAAAGUUCAACAAACGGUCACGUGGAGAAGUCCGAGCUACCACCCCUACCUGAGGACACCGAUCUGGAUCGCUUGUCCUUUGUUGCGUACUCCAGUGGAACCACCGGAAAGCCGAAAGGAAUCGCGAACCCACAUAGAGCAGCCGUUCUCUCAUACGAUCUCAGAUUUGCACUCUCUGACCUCCAGCCAGGUGAUCGAGUAGCCUGCAAUGUCUUCUUUGUGUGGGAGAUACUGCGCCCACUCCUGCGAGGAGCAACAGUUGUGGCUGUCCCCGACGAGGCGAGUUACGAUCCGCGGAUGCUCACUUUGUUCACGCCUACUUUGUUUGCUGCUGUUCUUGCUCGCCACCAGGCGCUUGGUUCCCGACUUCCGAAUCUCAAGACCAUCUGGCUGAAUGGCGAGGUGGUGACAACAGACCUUGCCCGCCGGGGCAUCAAAGCACUACCUAAUACGCGGAUUGCUUGUGGUGACAUCAAGGAUUUGCUCGAAAAGAUCGACAAGGAUGCCCCAUAUUGCCCAGUUGGAGCACCAUUAAUUGACAACAAGUUCAUCUAUAUCCUCGAUGAAAGUGGCCAAAAGGUUGAGGAGGGAGAAAAUGGCGAACUCUUUGUCGGCGGCCACAUGCUGGCUCGAGGAUAUCUCAAUCGUCCAGAGACUACCGCCAAAGCGUUCAUACCCAACCCCUACAUCUCAAAGACUGGCGCUCGUAUGUACAGAACCGGAGACAAGGCUAGGCUGCUUCCCAGCGGAUUCCUCGAGAUUACUGGGCGUGUCGGCGCUAUGAUCAAGAUUCGAGGCUAUUCGGUUGUUCCUGGCAAAGUCGAGAGCGCAAUACGUAACCACCUCGCAGUUAGCCAUUGCGCUGUGGUAGCGUGGGGCGAAGGCAUCGACAGGCAGUUGGUCGCGUAUUUUGUUCGCGACAAAGAUCCCUCAGCGGAACGUCCGGUCGUAGAAAUCGAUCGCACAGGACGCAGCUCCACUGCGAGACGUAUGCUGCAAGCAUUUCUCGCACAUUACAUGCUGCCCUCUCUUUGGGUCGAGCUCGAGAGUCUUCCAACGAGCGAUGUGUCAGGAAAAGUAAACCUCAAAGCCCUUCCUCCACCAAGGCCCAGCUCGCCGACCGGCAGUACACGCAAGUUUGAGCAAAGCCCUAUUGCUGUCGAGCAGAUUACCGAGAUUUGGGCUUCAAUCCUCAGUAUCAACGCAAGCACCAUUACCCCUGAAUACAACUUCUUUGACCUUGGUGGUCACUCACUCUUGCUUGCUGAUCUGUCUGCGCGGCUGUCGAAUACAUUCGGUUUCCGAGUGCCUGUCGCACGUCUUGCCAACCCCGCGACGCUCAACGGCCAUCUGGAUACCGUUCGAGCUAUCCGCGACGGUCAUACUGCUGAAGUACAGGACAAUCUACCAGCUGUGUUACGCGCCGACUCUAUCCUGGACAAGGACAUUCAACCAACCGAUGCGAAGAUUUGUGCAUUGAAAGACGCCAAGACAGUGCUCCUUACUGGUGUCACCGGUUUUUUGGGUGCCUUCCUACUCAGAGACUUGAUGGAAAGCACCUCUGCGACGAUUAUCUGCAUGGUACGGUUCUCCGAUGCCUCCCAAGAUGAUGUCCCUGCUGGUAUUGCAAGAAUUCGACGCAACCUGCUGGACUUUGGCCUUUGGAACGAUUCGAUCAUGGAGCGCGUGGAGAUUCUGACGGGAAACUUGUCUCGAAAACGAUUUGGUUUGUCGCCAGAUGUGUUCAAGCAGUUGGCUGAUCGUGUCGACGUUAUCGUUCACGCUGCGGCCACUGUCAACCUCGUGUAUCCCUACGCGGCACUGCAGAAGCCUAACGUCGGUGGUACAAGGGAGGUUUUGCGUCUUGCUUCUCAGGGCGGUGCGACUGUGCAAUACGUCUCCACAAACGGAGUGCUCCCACCAGCGUCAGGCCGCGAGGGAUGGUCUGAAGACGGCAUGAUUGGUAUUGAUGACGUUCCCACCAAGCUUGCAGACGGCUAUGGCCAAACAAAAUGGGUCGCCGAGCAGCUUGCCCUGGAAGCCCAACGUCGAGGACUACCCAUCAAGAUCCACCGUCUAGGUACCAUCAGCGGCCACAGCGAGACAGGUGCCGCAAACGCGUGGGACUUGCUAACCGCACUCAUCGUCGAGUCAAUCAGAAUCGGCUACUACCCAGACGUCAAGGGUUGGCGCGCCGAGAUGACCCCAGUCGACUUCGUCAGCAAAGCAAUCAUCCAUCUCAGCAGUGAGACUCAAACCGACCAAACCGUCUUCCACAUCGGAGAUCCCGACCCCGUGGACAUCAGCCAGGUCUUCGACGACCUCAACCAUCUCGGCUACCCAACCCAGCCUCUCGAAUUUGAGAAAUGGGUCGCACUCUGGGACGACAAGCGCGGUUCAGCCAAGGGCGGAGACGGCGCUUUCACAGUCGACAUCCUCCGAAGCGGCAUGCCGAGUAUAGAGUUCCUGAGGGACGUCGUCGUGCUCGACAACGCCAAAACUAGACCUCUACGCUCCACCGUCGAGCGUCCGAAGGUCGACCAAGUCCUCCUCGAGACGUACACUCGCCACUGGUACGCCAGAGGAUGGCUCCCCGCACCACCCCAACGCCAGGACGCCGUGGGCGGAUCCGGUCGCGUCCCGCGUCGCGGACCACUCUUCGGAAAAGUCGCCAUCGUCAUGGGCGCAUCGUCCGGAAUCGGCGCCGCGACCGCCACCGCCCUCGCAAGAGAAGGAUGCCACGUCGCGCUCGCCGCACGCCGCCUCGACGCGCUCGAAGACCUAAAAAAACGCCUCGUAAUCCGCGAAGGCAAGAUCAUCACGCAAAAAACCGACAUCACAGACGCCGCGCAAGUCGCCGCCCUCGUCGCCGCCACCGAGUCCCAACUCGGCCCCGUCGACAUCUUCGUCUCCGUGUCGGGCGUCAUGUACUUCACCAUGAUGGCCAACGCACUGACAGACCAGUGGAACCAGACCGUCGACGUAAACUGCAAAGGCCUGCUGAACGUGAUUUCGUCUGUCGUGCCGUCUAUGCUGAAGCGCGGAUCGGGCCACCUCGUCGCCAUCUCGUCGGACGCGGGGCGCAAAGUGUUUCCAGGUCUGGGCGUCUACUCGGCGAGUAAAUUCUUCGUCGAGGCGACGCUGCAGGCGCUCCGCGUGGAGACGGCGGGCUCGGGCUUGCGCGUUACGAGUGUGCAGCCCGGGAACGUCGCGACGGAUUUAUUGGGUAUGAGCACGGAUCAGGAGGCGCUGAAGAAGUAUGGUGAGCCGAGUGGGGCGAAGGUGCUGGAUCCGGAGGAUGUGGCGGGGAGUAUUGUUUAUGCGUUGAAGCAGCCGGGGCAUGUGGCUGUUAAUGAGGUUAUGAUUGAGCCGAGGGAUGAGCCGAUUUGA